AAAGACAGGGCGAGAGAUAGAGAUUAGAGAUAGCGCCUUCUUCCUCUCACAAUUCACAAUCCGAUUCUGGUUUGGUUUUCUCUCUCUCUCUCUCUCUCUCUCUCUCUCUCUCUCUCUCUCUCUCUCUCUCAUAAAAGCAAAUUGUUUUGAGUUUCAAUUUCUUCAGUUUCCAUCAGUAGAGUUGGAUCGAUCGAUCGAUCGUUUUUCUGCACCCCUUUUUGCAAGUUUCAGAGAAAACCCUAAACCCCCAAAUCCCUUUAAUUUCCUCUCUUUUACAACCAUGCUUUCGUCUCCGGGGCGAUCGCCGCGUCAUCUCUCUUCGCCGUCGCCAUAUCUCUCCGUGAAAUCGGAGCAAAACCCUAGCGAUUCUUCGUCGAACCCACCAAAGAAAAAGCCGGCGGUGCUCGACGAGGACACCUAUGUGGCGGCCAUCGAGAAGAUCAUCGAGCGCGACUUCUUUCCGGACAUCCCCAAGCUUCGCGACCGCCUUGAUUGGCUCGAAGCUGUUCGCUCCGGCGACCCUCUCCAGAUCCGCGAUGCCCAGUUGAAGAUCAUGGAGCGCCGUGUCGGCAAGAAGGCGGCGGCGGCGGCGGCCGCGCAAGGUAGUAUUCGAACAACCCCUGGCUCCACCUCUUUACGAGUAGCGACUCCUUUUGUUGAAUUGGGUACAACGCCUACGCUUAGUGUAGAACGAAAUGAGCUUUUGGGUGGUUUUGAUUCUGAAGAGGGGAAUCAAGAUUCUGUUGAUGUUUCUUUGAAUCUUGAUGAGUUCUUGAGGAGGUAUACGAGUGACGACAAUAAUAGUUUUUCCAAAAUUAUGGAGAAAGUGAAUAGGAAGAGGAAAGAGAGGUAUGUGUAUUUGACGGAAGGUGAGGAGGACAAAGUGGGAAUGAUUGGGGAUGCGAAGACGGAUCGAAUUACGGAUGGAUAUGGGACUUCAGAUCAGCCUGUUAGUACAUUGGAAGGCUGGAACUACACGGCGAAGAAUUUGUUGAUGUAUAAUCCAUCCGAUCGGGGUGAGGCUCCAUUGACUGAGGAGGAAAGAGCAGAGAGGCUUCAGGGCUUGACAAAAGAAAUUAAUCGAUCCAGUACCCGGUUUCAUGGUAAAAUGAUGGAUUAUAGGCCAAAGGAGGAAGAUACUGUUGCAGUACUUUAUACCCCAGUUCCUGGGGCAACCCCGGUUCCAUUAUCGUUGGCAGACAGAGAAGGUGAUAAGCUGAAAAAGUAUGAUUUGGAUGACCUCAGGAAGACCCCGAAUCCAUUUUAUGUUGAAUCGUCCAAGACAGCUGAGAAUGGAUAUAGCUUUGUUCGGACUCCUUCUCCGGCUCCGGGAGUUGGAGAGUCCCCUUUUAUCACAUGGGGAGAAAUUGAAGGGACACCACUGAGACUGGAAUUGGAAGAUACGCCAAUUGGCAUUGGUGGUAAUGGUGAACGACCGCAUUUUAAGAUCCCUUUGCCACCUUCUAGAGAUGUCAAGGCCCAUUCAUUAUCCAGGGAGGCUGCUCGUAAAUUGAGAGAGAGGUCGAAGAUGUUCCAGAAACCACCAUUGCCAUCACCAGUUAGAGGAGCAAGUGCUAGUCCCAGUGCAAGGACACUCUCUCCUGCUGCUCAGAAGUUCAUGCGAAAAGCAAUUGCAAAGUCAACACGUUCUAUUGAUGAAUCUCUUCGAGCUAGUUACCGAGGUGCUAGCCCAGGGGUAGGUACUCCAAAAGCUGAAAGGAGUAUGUCAAGGUUGGGAAGAGAUGGAAGCUUGGAUUCUAGGUCACCUUCUGUAAGAGAUGGUUCUAAUCCCCCUUGGUAGUAUCUAUCUCUUGCUUUACUGUUGUAGUGCUAGAAUAUGAUCUGUUUUCUACAAAUGGUGUUUCUGUAAUAAAAUCUUCUCUUUUUAUUUAGAACUUGUAAUAUUUGAACGAUAAAUGUUAGGAAAUUACACAAAUAUAAAUAUCUUGCGGAGUAUUUUAUUUGAA